UGUCACAUUUUUGUUGUUUGUGAUCAUGUGAUGGUGCACAGAUGUGGUGUUUGGUGAUUGAGGUUAUGUUGUGAUAAUUUUCUGAUUUGAUUUUAAUUUUGGCAAAAUACAUUAAAAAACGAAAACGAAAUAUGGAUACCAAGACAAAUAAGAUAAGAUACCCGAAAUCUGUUUUAACAUUGUAUCUAAAACUUUAUUGCAAAAGAAGAAACAAGUCUAAUAAAAUGUUGGAGGGAAUACAAUCAUGGAUUACUCUUAGCAAGUCCGAAAAGCAAAAAUUUUAUAAAAAGUAUAAAGAAUGCCGGUUAAAUCAUAAGAUUAAAUUAGCCAAUUACUUGAGCAAGACCCAGCCUUUUAUGAAAAAAAAGGAAGCUAAAAGUUAUAACAAAACAACUGGUGGUAGUCAACCCAAAAAUGAUCAACGAGAAAAUCCCAAAAAUGUGACAGAACAACAACAAUGCAACAGUGACCAAGCAGUAUGGGAGGAAGCAAAAUUGGAAGGAUCUGUAGAAGAAACUGCUAAUGAUUUGGAAGAAUCCAACAGACUAGAUCCUGAAACCAGUAUUGAGCACAACCUUGACAUUGGUGUAAACAAUGAUGAAAUUAUAUGUGACAAUCCUUCAAAUACGGAAAGCAGUUCGCCAAGUAGGGAUCAAUCAAGGCCUAAAUUGGCUGAACCAGCUCCUCCUAGUGUAAGAACCGCAAGAGAACUUUUUGAAAUGUUAAGAGGUACAGGUAAAGCUGAAGUUAUGAAUGAAGAAUCAUGGGCCAAGCUGCCAAGUCAACAGAAAAGUCGAUAUCAACGUGCUCUGCGAUUGCUCAAAUGUGACUACAUCCAGAAGUAUAAACAAUACUUAGAAAGUUUAUCUUCAAAAGAACUUUUCCACUGUUAUAACAACUUUUUCGAUUGAAUAUAGGGCCUCUAUCCAGAAAUAAAUAUGAGAAUUAGUUUUGGAAAGAACUUUUCCAUUGUUACAUUUUCAAAUGAUUUAAUUUUCAUCAUUCUUCUAGCUGUGCCUGGGAUUUCAUACGCGUAAUAAUAGUUUAAAUAUUAUUUCUCCCUUUUUGCAAAAAAUUAUGAUUGUAGCCUCUUGAAUGUUUGAUUUUUGCUUAGCAUAUCAUAUAUCUAAAUUGGUGUGGUGACAGGAAUCAGAGGUGGAAUUGUGUAGUGUAUUAUAUUUAUUAUUAUAUUGUGUGUAAUAAAUAAAUAAAGCAAUCGUAAUCAUUUGACAGUUCAAACGUACGAUAAAGUCAGUAAAACAAAGCUUUUGACAGAACAAUCGUAUGUUAUGAACUAUCAAAUGAUAACAAUUGCUUUACACAAUUCCACCUCAGGAAACCAAGGACAGAAUUAGCAGAGAUACAAAUUAAAAGUAAACAAUAAAUCUCUUAUGAUUACAUUUAUAUUACAAAUAAAUAUUAUACAAUAUUCAGGACUCAGGAGCAAUUAUAUCUAAAUAUAAAUACUUUUACUUUUUCUACAUCAAUCUGGGAUAUGAUGCUAAAUAGGUGCAGUAAUGAAGCCCAAAAAUUUUGUGAACAUU